ACCCUAUAUGGCGUUCCCACCUUAGUAACAGGAUCUUGAUCUGAGUAAUUGGGUUAUCAGGCUGAAGAUGUUGUUGUGGUUUCACGUACACAGAUUCUGCGGACAUAGUAGGGGCCGCUAUAUAUUAUGCCCAAAGCCAUCCAUCACAGUGUUAACAUAUCGAAUACUAUACGCAGCUCACGAGGUACAUUCUGGCAUUGCGUCCCAGCAACUAUGGUGCAAGCAGACCUUCUGGAGUACGCCAAAGACAUCCAGGCUCGACUGGCUGACAUUACAUGCUGCUUGGAGAAGCAGGAGAUCCACACUGUUCGGAAGGAAGGAUAUCCUACUGGCCCAGGGUAUGAGGAACUAACAUCGGCGCGUCUCAGUCUGCUCGAGACAGCCAACGACCUUCAGUACCUUGCGAUGGGCCCUACUGAGUGGCUGAAAAUGACAUUGGCGGUGAACAAGCAUGACCAUUUAUGCUACUACAUGAUCGAUCAGUUCAACAUCCAUCAGUCUGUGCCUCUGAAUGGGGAAAUAUCGUAUGAGGAACUCAGUGCGGCCUGCGGACUCCCCGUUGACCCCUACGCCGUGUCCUCCGCCAUGCCAUGCUCAAUCACCUUGUUCCGUGAACCUAACCCCGGAUACGUCGCCCACUCCGAUGCAUCCUCAGUGUUCGUCACCGAUGCCAAAAUGGCCGCAUGGUUGGGCCAUAACUACGACGAGGUGUUUCGCUGUCUACAUGCUGUUCCCGACGCGAUUCGAAACCAUCCCACAUCCGCGGACCCUGGACAUACUCCCUGUGGGGUAGUGUUCAACCAGCCAAAGGGCUUCUUUGCUGGAUUAUUGCAGGACCAGCCAUGGAGAGCAUCGAGAUUUGAACACCAUGAUGCCUCUCAUAUCGUGCGCGGAUAUGACUGGGGACAAUAUGGGAACGGCCUUGUCGUCGAUAGAAUCGGACCGCCGCCGGGUUGUCGUCGGACCAUGCAGUUCCAAGUCCAUGACUUUUUCCAUCCAAACCCACAGACUACAGCCGACGUUUAUCUACUGCGCCAUAUCAUUCACGACUGGGGUGAUGACUACGCGAGUAAGAUCCUGUGGAACAUCGCCUCAGUUAUGAAGCCGACUGCGCGGAUCAUCGUCGUUGAUAUUGUGAUCCCCGAGCCUGGUACCUUACCCUGGCAGGCACACCGAAUGAUCAGGUCUAUGGAUCUUCAAAUGAUGCGGACCAAACAAGAUUGGAGGAAGCUUCUGGCCAACUCCAACUCCAAAUUAAACAUACUCAGUAUCUCUCAGCCCCCGUAUAGCGUUGCGAGUAUAAUCGAAAUUGGGUUAGUACACUAGGGUCCGCUAUUGUUCGAUGGGAUGGAAUACAUAAAAAUAACUUCUUCAUAUGCCCGUCUCAUCUCUCU